CACCGUUUUAUACAAUACUCCCCCAAUUUCUUGGGCGGUACGGGAAUCCACGCGCUCCUCUCUCUCUCUCUCUCUCUGUCUAUUAUUAUUCAGACGCUCCCCACUUGCACCACCGCCCAAUCAAAACCCCUGCCUAGGGUUUCAGAUUUUACUAUCAACUUCACAGUUUGGAUCCUAGUCGAAACUAAAUUUAGUUUUUACGAAUAAAUCACCAAAGUUGCUUUCCAUCUUUGAUCAAUCAAUUCAAUGGCGGAAGACCAGGCGACGGCGUCGGCCAGUAGUGCGGCGGCCGCAUCAUUGGGGCACUCAGUGAUACCCAUAGUGAACAAACUGCAAGAUAUUUUCGCGCAACUAGGAAGUCAAUCGACGAUCGAGUUGCCGCAGGUGGCAGUGGUCGGCAGCCAGAGCAGCGGUAAAUCAAGUGUGUUGGAGGCGCUCGUGGGGCGUGAUUUCCUGCCACGUGGAAAUGAUAUCUGCACGCGCCGUCCGCUCGUGCUGCAGCUCGUGCAGAGGAAGAGAAAGGCUGAUGGAACGGAUGAAGAAUGGGGGGAGUUCUUGCAUUUGCCGGGGAAGAGGUUCUUUGAUUUCAAUGAAAUCAGAAGGGAGAUUCAGGCUGAAACAGACAGAGAAGCAGGAGGAAACAAAGGCGUAUCAGACAAACAGAUACGCUUAAAGAUUUUCUCACCGAAUGUUCUUGACAUAACGCUUGUGGAUCUUCCAGGCCUAACAAAAGUUCCUGUUGGUGAUCAGCCAUCUGAUAUUGAGGCACGCAUUAGGACAAUGAUAAUGUCAUAUAUUAAACUUCCAAGUUGCCUGAUCCUGGCUGUGACACCAGCAAAUUCAGAUCUGGCAAAUUUCCCGAUGUUUAUAAUUGCAGGUUAUAGAACAAUUGGUGUAAUUACAAAGUUGGAUAUUAUGGAUAGGGGUACUGAUGCCCGCAACUUUUUGCUUGGAAAAGUUAUUCCUCUUCGGCUUGGUUAUGUAGGUGUUGUGAAUCGCAGUCAAGAGGAUAUUCUAAUGAAUCGGAGCAUCAAGGAUGCACUUAUUGCUGAGGAGAAGUUCUUUCGCAGUCGGCCUGUAUACAGUGAUCUUGCUGAGCGUUGUGGAGUCCCUCAAUUGGCCAAGAAGUUGAAUCAGAUACUGGUACAGCAUAUUAAGACAGUUCUCCCAGGGUUGAAGUCACGAAUUAGUGCUGCACUGGUCUCUGUUGCAAAGGAGCAUGCUAGCUAUGGAGAAAUUACCGAGUCAAAGGCUGGCCAGGGAGCACUACUACUUAACAUUCUUUCGAAAUACUCUGAAGCAUUCUCAUCAAUGAUAGAAGGAAAAAAUGAAGAAAUGUCAACAUCUGAGCUGUCUGGUGGAGCACGAAUACAUUACAUUUUCCAAAAUAUUUUUGUCAAGAGCCUGGAGGAUGUAGAUCCUUGUGAGGAUUUAACUGAUGAUGAUAUCCGUACUGCCAUACAAAACGCAACAGGUCCCAAGUCUGCACUGUUUGUGCCAGAAGUUCCAUUUGAAGUUCUUGUUAGAAGACAAAUAGCACGUUUGUUGGAUCCAAGUCUCCAGUGUGCUAGAUUUAUUUACGAUGAGCUAAUCAAGAUGAGCCAUCGCUGUAUGGUAAAUGAACUCCAACGGUUUCCGAUCCUGCGAAAACGCAUGGAUGAGGUCAUUGGAAAUUUUUUGCGAGAAGGUCUUGAGCCAUCAGAAACAAUGAUAGGACAUAUUAUAGAAAUGGAGAUGGAUUACAUAAACACUUCCCAUCCAAAUUUUCUGGGUGGGAGUAAAGCUGUAGAGAUGGCAUUACAACAGGUCAAGUCAUCCAGGAUUGCUGCACCCAUUUCUAGGCAGAAGGAUGUAGGAGAUUCAGAGAAAGCACCUAACUCAGAGAGAAGUCUAAAGUCUCGGGCUAUACUUGCGCGGCAAGUGAAUGGAAUUGUUCCAGAGCAAGGUGUUCGACCGGCAGUGGACGCUGAAAAAACUACACCAGCUGUCAGCAAUGCCGGUUCAAGUUGGGGAAUAUCUUCAAUUUUUGGCGGACAUGACAAUCGCACAUCUGUUAGAGAGAACUCAAUCAGUAAACCAUUUAAUGAACCUGUUCAGAGCAUGGAGCAGGGAUCAUCAAUGAUUCAUUUGAGAGAGCCCCCCAGUGUAUUAAGGCCUUCGGAAACCCAUUCAGAUCAAGAGGCUAUUGAGAUUACAGUUACAAAGCUGUUGCUAAGAUCGUAUUAUGAUAUUGUGCGAAAGAACAUUGAGGAUUCUGUACCCAAAGCAAUCAUGCAUUUUCUGGUAAACCACACAAAGCGAGAACUCCAUAAUGUUUUCAUCAAAAAGCUGUACAGAGACAACUUGUUCGAAGAGAUGUUGCAGGAACCAGAUGAGGUAUCCAUGAAGAGAAAGCGUACCCGUGAUACACUUCGGGUCCUGCAGCAGGCUUUCCGGACGCUGGAUGAACUGCCUCUUGAAGCUGAGACUGUUGAGAGAGGGUACAGCAUGGGUACGGACCCAACAGGCUUGCCAAAGAUUCAUGGGCUUCCAACCUCAUCUUUGUACAACACCAGUAGUGGUUCAACUGAAUCAUAUAGCGCUUCCCCCAAAACCUCGAAGCCACGCAAGUCUUCACAUUCCGGGGAGCUGCACUCACCAUUGUACGCAGAUACUAAUGGUGGUGGACGUAAUUCUAUCUCUGGUCUUUAUCCCUCCAUUGAUAUAUAAUUUCAGGAAUCCCUUGGACUAAGUUCUAUCAUGGACGCAUUCGUUGGAUGACUCCCUAUCCAGUAUUCUCAUGGAGUCCUUUUGUGGAUCAAGUGCGGUAGAGAGUUGGCAUUCUUUCUAUUAAAUGGAGAUGGUAGUAAAAUUGAACAAUUUCUCCUUAAUCUUUUGGUGGCGAUGAAUAUAUAUUGCUUGUAAGAGCUCCAAUAAGACUAGGAGCUUCCCUCCGUUGUCAGUGUUUGGAAUCCUUAAUCCUGCUGUAGCAAAUACAUGCAGCUGCUUAGGCAACUAUAUCCUCUCUUUUGAGCAGGGGCCUUAGUAUAGCAUGUCAGAGAGUUUGAAGUGUAAUUUUUAUGAUAAGUUUUGAUUCAACACUUGUAUAAAGUGUGCAAUUUUCCUCUUUCUAAAACUCUAUACGUUCUUCUAUAUAACAGAUCCAUUUAAUGAUGUGUUAAUGGCGUUUUGGUUAA